AUGGCGUCUAUGACAAUACAAAACCUCAGCCCGAAUAUACUUCAAAUGGAAUAUGCCAUUCAAGGACCAGUGGUUUCAAGAGCUGGUGAAAUUGAAGAAGAGUUGAAAAAGGGAGUGAAGAAGCCGUUCAAAAAUGUUAUUAGGGCUAACAUCGGGGACGCACAAGCCAUGGGUCAACCACCGAUAACAUUCAUAAGACAGAUGAUAGCUUGCAUAGCAUACCCCAAGCUUAUAGAAGAAGGAAAUUUCCCCGAAGAUGUUAAAAAACGGGCGAAAGAAUUCCUAGAAGGAUGCAGCGGGGGUACUAUUGGUUCUUACUCUAUACCACAUGGUUUGGGUCACAUUCGUCGUCGUGUCGCCGAGUACAUCGAGCUACGUGACGGUGUACCAGCUGAUUGGAAAAACGUUUACCUCUCAGCCGGGGCUACCGUCGCCAUACAAUACUGCUUACAGUUAUUUAGCGAUCGAAGUAACGGAAGAAAAAAUGGUAUAUUGACCCCGGUUCCCACUUAUCCGUUUUACUCGGCAUGUUACUCAAUAUUCGGCAUCAAUCUAGUAGGUUAUUAUUUGGAUGAAGACUCAAACUGGGACACGAAAAUUGAGGAACUGGAGCGAAGCCUUGUCGAGGCUCAAAAUACUUGUAAUGUGAGAGCACUUCUGGUCAUCAAUCCUGGAAAUCCAACUGGACAGGUUUUAAGUCGUAAGAACAUCGAGGAAAUUAUCAAAUUUGCAUACAAGCAUAAUCUGUUUCUUAUAGCCGAUGAAGUCUCUCAAGAUAACGUGUAUAGCGGAGGCAAUCGGUUCUAUUCUUUCAGAAAGGUGAUGAUAGAGUUGGGUGCGCCGUACUCGUCUGUGGAGCUGGUUUCCUUCACAUCGGUGAGUAAAGGCUACAUGGGUGAGAGUGGCUUACGAGGAGGCUGGCUAGAACUCAACAACAUCCAACCAGACGUACAAGCACAGCUUUUUAAAUACAUUUCUGCUAUGGGAACACCGAAUGUCAUUGGACAGGCUGUUAUCGAUUGCGUGGUAAAACCGCCAUCUCCAGGCGAGCCUUCUUACGACUUAUGGCUGAGAGAAAAGACAGCUGUGCUUGAAUCACUGAACGCGCGCGCUCGUUUGGUAUCUGAAAGCCUUAAUGCCAUUGAAGGAUACAAAUGUAAUGUAGUGCAGGGGGCUCUGUACGCCUUCCCUAGGAUUAAUCUCCCUCCAAAAGCGAUAGCGGCUGCUGAAGCGGCUAACCAGCUCCCUGACGUAUUCUACGCCUACAGGCUAUUAGAAGAAACUGGUAUCUGCGUUGUCCCUGGUUCGGGUUUUGGUCAAGCCCCGGGUACUUAUCAUUACCGAACGACCAUUCUGCCGGAGUACGAUCACCUUAAAACCAUUCUGGACACCAUCAGAAACUUCCAUCAGCGGUUCAUAGAGCAGUAUACGUAG